AUCGUGAGUAGCCCAUCUCUAACGGUAUCACACUGCAACGCACGCCACACGUGUUUUUUUUUAUUUACUACGACUUUUUACACAAAAGAAAACCAUCCAAAAUGUAUCUGAUGUACACACUUAACGAGAACGGCGACCGCGUCUACACCUUGAAGAAACGCACCGAGAAUGGUCUUCCCACUUUGUCUGCUCACCCAGCACGCUUUUCGCCGGAGGAUAAGUACUCCCGCCAGAGGAUCACCAUCAAGAAGCGCUUCGGACUGCUUCUCACCCAAAAACCCGAACCCAUCUACUAAUCCGGAGUUUAAUUUUAAUUAGUGUACAUCUUUAUUUACAAAUAAUAAGUUACAAAAUAACA